CAUUCCUUCUCUUCCUUCAUCAGCUGCAGAAAACCACCCGACUGGAAUGAAGCAGUCAGACCUAUAGUCAGCUAUAGAACAACUCCUUCCUCACACAAACCUGUUUCAACCACAGGUGAUUAUAUCCCAAACUUCACCACAGACACGCACAACGAGACAUUCAAGAUGAAGUUGCUGCUAGUUUUUGCUGCUGUUCUGGCUGUAUCCAGCUGUGCCAGCAUCUCUCUGGAAGAUCUGGAGUUUCACGCCUGGAAACUGAAGUUUGAAAAAUCCUAUGAAUCUCCAUCAGAGGAGGCUCAGCGGAAGCAGAUCUGGCUCAACAAUCGCAAAUUUGUGCUAAUGCACAACAUCUUGGAAGACCAGGGCUUAAAGUCAUAUCGCCUUGGUAUGACCUACUUUGCUGACAUGGAAAAUGAAGAGUACAAACAGCUGAUUUCCCAGGGCUGCCUCGGCUCCUUCAAUGCUUCUCUGCCUCGUCGUGGCUCUACCUUCCUGCAACUGCCUGAAGGUGUUGAACUGCCCGACACUGUUGAUUGGAGAGCUAAGGGAUAUGUCACUAAUGUCAAGGAUCAGGGGCUGUGUGGCUCCUGCUGGGCCUUCAGUGCAACUGGUGCACUGGAAGGUCAGAACUUCAGGAAGACAGGAAAGCUGGUGUCUCUGAGUGAGCAGCAGCUGGUCGACUGUUCUGGCAGCUUUGGCAACAUGGGCUGCAAUGGAGGCUGGAUGGAUUCUGCUUUCCAGUACAUCAGAGCCAGUGGAGGGAUUGACACUGAGAUGUCUUACCCUUAUGAGGCUAAGAAUGGACUGUGCCGUUACAACCCUCAAACUACUGGUGCCACAUGCAGCGGCUAUGUUGAUGUGAUGCAAAAUAGUGAAGAAGCCCUGAAGGAGGCUGUGGGAACCAUCGGACCUGUUUCUGUGGCCAUUGAUGCUUCUCCACUGUCUUUCCAACUCUACCAUUCAGGAGUGUAUGAUGAGCCCAAUUGCAGCAGCAUAUUCUUGGACCAUGGUGUGCUGGCUGUGGGUUAUGGAACUUACACUGGGAAUGACUACUGGCUGGUCAAGAACAGCUGGGGUCUUGGAUGGGGAGAGAUGGGAUACAUUAGGAUGAGCAGGAACAAAUCCAACCAGUGUGGGAUUGCUAGUGCAGCAAGUUACCCUCUGGUCUGAAGAGUAGAGGGUGACUGUGCCUCCACGCCAAAACACAAACAUGAGGAUACUCAGGGGUUACAGUGAGAUUCAGAAGGUGGAGGAACCCUAAGAUCAGCUGUAGUGGCUCUGCAUGGGGAGAAGAAUCACAACUUUCCAUUUUGAAAUCCAGUAAAUUAUCUUUGUGUACAGGCUAUGAUCAGCUGACCUGCUGCUGCUCCUGUCCUCUUUCUUACAUCUUUCUCCAUCAGAGUGAAGUUAUCGCUCAUUCUUUGCUCUCCCUGGAAAUACAGCAACUCUUCUUUU